CAAAUGACAGUCUUGGUGUUUUGGGGGCUAAUUUUGGCCUUCUGUAUUAGCUUUGCUCUGCUGAAAUGGAGUGACUUAAAAUAUAGAAGGAAACGCUUGCCACCAGGAACAAUGGGGUGGCCAAUUUUUGGAGAGACUGUAGAUUUUCUCAAGUAUGGACCGGAUUUCAUGAAGAAAAAAAGAGCAAAGUUUGGAAGUGUAUUCAAGACCCACAUAUUGGGUUGUCCUACCGUUAUCUCUCUGAAUCAAGAGCUCAACAGAUAUGUCCUUAUGAAUGAAGGAAAAGGACUUGUUCCUGGAUACCCAAAGUCCAUGCUGGAUGUAAUGGGGAAGACCAAUAUUGCUGCUGUGCAUGGUUCUGCUCACAAAUUCAUUAGGGGGUCAUUGCUAACUCUUAUUGGUCCUGAAGCAAUUCGAGAUCAACUUCUUCCAGAAAUUGAUAAGUUCAUGAGAAAUUUUAUCAACAACUGGGAUGGCAAAACCAUUGACAUUCAGGAAAAAGCCAUUGAGAUGGCUUUUUACGCAGCCUUCAGACAGAUUAUAAAAGCUGAAUAUGAUUUAGUUUGUAAGGCUUUUAAAGCGGAGUUUGAUAAGGCAGCAACAGCAUCACUUUCUUUGCCUAUCAACAUUCCAGGCACAAAUUACUACGAGGGUUUACAGGCAAGGAAGAAGAUCCAUAAACUUUUGAAACAAAUUAUGGAAAAGAGAAGUGCUUCUGGGAAAACUCAUGAUGACAUGUUUGCCGAGCUUAUAGGAAAUGAGAAGUCAAGAUAUCAUCUAUCCGAAGAGCAGAUAUUUGAUCAAAUAUUUGCAAUACUGUAUUCCGGUUAUGAAACUGUCUCCGUUACUAGCAUGAUGGCCAUCAAGUUUUUACAUGAUCACCCUAAAGCUCUUCAAGAACUUAGGGAAGAACAUUUAGUAAUACGAGAAAGAAAAAAACCGGAGGAGCCAAUUGACUGGAAUGACUACAAGUCUAUGAGUUUCACUCGUGCCGUGAUCCUCGAAACCUCAAGGUUGGCCACUGUUGUUAAUGGAGUACUAAGGAAGACAACACAAGAUUUGGAAUUGAAUGGAUUCUUCAUUCCAAAAGGAUGGAGAAUAUAUGUUUUCACAAGGGAUAUCAAUUAUGAUCCACUCCUCUAUCCAAAGCCUUUUACAUUCAAUCCCUGGAGAUGGAUGGAUAAGAGCUUGGAGUCUCACAGCUAUUGCUUCUUAUUUGGAGCUGGAGGCAGGCUGUGUCCAGGAAAGGAAUUGGGCAUGGUUAAAGUUUCUACAUUCCUUCACUAUUUUGUUACUAAAUACAGAUGGGAGGAAGUUGGAGAAGUAGAGAUCAUAAAAUUUCCCAGAGUUGAAGUACCAAAUGGGCUGCACGUAAGGGUAUCAAAGCACUAA